AUCAAGUCACUAUUACACUGAACAUUUUACUUCAAAUAUGCAUCAUGAUAGUUAAAACACAGAGGUCCAGGUUAUCUUGGCGAUAACCAGAAAUGCUAUUUUCGAUUACUCCGUGUCUCUUAACGACAACCUCAAAUACGAUAAUCUUCAUGAAAUUUUUUCGCAUUGGAUAAACAUAAAGAAAGCUGAGAAUCACUAUUAUUAUCCAAAAAUAAAUAUUACACAUUCAGUAAUAAAUCUGUUUUUAUAACACACUAUAAAACAAUUAUCAAAUUUCAACCAGUCACCAAUGUUAAUGUGUUGAUAAAUUUAUUUAUUUACGUUUUGUAAUAGCUAAAUUAUAGUUUAACAAGUUUUUAACCAAUUAGUAAUCACCUAAAAAAAUAUAAAGCAGUAUGCCACGUCCGGCCUUUGUUAUUAAAGAUGUAAAAAAAAUAAACCAUAAAAUUUUAAAAAAAUACCGUACAAAGGACACGCUGUAUGUACGGAGAGACACCGGUUGCGGUAUAAGAUACUAUCGGUGCGUGCUUGAAGCACACCACCUAAGUAUACUGAUACGAGAACACCUACUCACAGGUUACCUGAGAAGUGAUAGAUGAUCUCCUAGCAUUAGAAUUGCGGUGACAAUGGCGCGCGGUACUUUAGCAGUGGUUUUUGCCCUUUGCCUGCUGGUCGACGCGUUUUGUCUACCCGCCAACGUGCUUCGGUUCCAAAGAGACACUAAUGACAAUUGGAUCGACGUUGAAGAACCAAAUUCAAAGGAAAGCAGUUCCACAUCGACCUCGUUAGCUACCCCGGAUCCGUUUGACGAUGAUGAUGAUGAUUUUAGCGAGCCAGUGAGCACGUCAAACGGCGGCGGCAGCAGUAUCUUCAGUUUACUUAACCUCGCCACUGCGCUCUUCCCUAGCUCCAGCGGAUCCAAUACAAGUGUGAGUAUUUUUAAUACUGUUAAUUAUAAAGGAUUAAAGAAUUUUUUUCAGAUAAUAAUAAGAAGAAUACUACAAAAUCUUAUAACUCGUUACCAUUUAAAACAACGUCACCCAAUCCGCCGCAGGGAUAAUAAUGUAAUCCAUAUUAGUUAUGCUACUGAACUUAAACCACCGUUCCCGCAAUUCGAGAGACAAGUAAGCGACGAGAGUAGUGAAAGUUCUGAAAGUAAAGAAGAUAGUAGUGAUAGUGUUGAGAGUGGCGACAGUGGCAACGCUAGUGCCGACAAUGAUGAUAAUAAAAGCACUGACAAUGGUGUCAAUGAGAAUAGGAGUAAGGGCAAUGAUGACCAUGGUAACGAGAGUACUAGGAAUGAUCUAGAUGAUAGUGAUGAAAGUAAAAAUAAAAGUAGUAGCAGCGAUGUAGAUGAUAGUGAUGAAAGUAAAAAUGAAAGUAGUAACAAUGAUGUAGAUGAUAGUGAUGCAAGUAAAAAUGAAAGUGGUAGCAGCGAUGUAGAUGAUAGUGAUGAAAGUAAAAAUGAAAGCAGUAGCAAUGAAGGAGAUAAUAGUGACAAAAGUAAAAAUGAAAGUUCUAGCAAAGAUGUAGAUGAUAGUGAUGAAAGUAAAAAUGAAAGUAGUAGCAAUGAUGAUGAUGAAAACGGAAGUGAUGGUAAUGAUGACGAUAGCGGAAGUAGUGGAAGUAAUGGCGAAGAUAAUGGAAACAAUGUCAGUGACGAUGAAGAUACUGGCAGUGCUGGCAAUGAUGACGAAAAUGUUGAAAAUGACAAUGCCAGUGCUAGCAGUGAUAACCAAAGUUCCAACAGCGAUUCUAGUUCUGAAGAAGACAACGCUGCUGAAGAAAGUGUUGAGACGGACAAUGGAAAUGAUAAUGCGAAGCAAUCGUCUGACUCUGAAGGCAGUGACAGUGAAGAAGAUGACUAUUCUGAUGAACCACCGGGUGGAGAUGGUCAAGGAGGUGGCAUCUUGGGAAUCUUAGCUGGGCUGAGUGGCGGGGAAAACGGAGAGUCGGAUUUAGGAUCACUGCUAGCAGCAGUUAGUGGGAUUGUCGUAAAUCUAAGCGGAGAUGGCUUUGAUUUGAACAGCCUCAUUGCAUCUGCAAUAGGCCUUUUUGCAGGAUUAUUGUCUGAAGGUGAAGAAAAUCCGGGAUCAAUUGUAGCAAGUUACUUGUUAACCUCUCUGGACACUAUUACUGGAGGUGGAGCGAAAAACAACGGCGCGUUCUUCGGAAACUUCAUAUCAAAAUUAUUGAAAGGAACAAGCGCGGUUUGUCUAUUAAUUAAUUGUAACAACAUAAUUAUAUAAUGACCUAUAUUACCAACCGUAUUAACAAAAAUAUGAUUGUAGGCGGGAGAAUCGGAAAGCUCUGAAAGCAACAGCGAAGAA